AUGGCCUCCGAACCGAACGGCAAUCACUAUCUCCAACAGUCGCUCGACCAUAUCUUCCAAAACAACAAGAUAUGGGUCGCGUCGAAAAAAGAGACGGAUGCGACCUUUUUCGACAAGCUUGCUGCUGGACAAUCACCAGACUAUCUGUACAUAGGCUGUAGCGAUAGCCGUGUCCCCGCCAACGAAAUCAUGGGUCUGGAGGCGGGCGAGGUGUUCGUUCACCGUAACAUCGCCAACCUAGUGCCCAAUGUUGACCUCAACGUCAUGUCGGUGAUCAACUAUGCCGUGCGGCACCUCAAAGUCAAGCAUAUCAUCGUGUGCGGCCACUACAACUGUGGAGGUGUUCAGGCGGCCUUGACACCUGCUGAUCUGGGAUUGCUUAACCCAUGGCUGCGAAACAUCCGCGAUGUUUAUCGCUUGCACGAGCAAGAACUUGACGAAAUAUCCGACGAGCACGACCGAUACAAUCGAUUGAUUGAACUCAAUGUGAUUGAAUCCUGUAGGAAUAUCAUCAAAACCGCGGCUGUCCAACAAAGCUACCAAGAGAACCAGUAUCCCAUCGUUCAUGGUUGGGUUUUUGAUUUGGCCGACGGUCUGCUGAAAAACCUUGAGAUCGAUUUCGAGGCUGAGUUGGCGGAUGUGCAGAAAAUAUACUGUCUGAAGCCGGGUUCCAGUUCGGGGCAUCAUUGA